AUGAUGAAGGGAACACUCUGGAAAAGCACUUCAAACUUAAUGGGAAGCAUGGAGAAGAAGUUCUGUGUCUUGGUUGGCACGCUGGUGCUCGACUUUGAAUCCGAGGACGACUUUUCUUCGGGAGCGCCGCCAAAGGCUGAGGGAGAGGUCAUCGGAGUGUCAGCGUGGAAGGGUAAGCACGCAGCGAGAGACGAACAACCUUCGCUGGGCAAGGCAGGCAGCAGAAACCCAGCUGCCGCUGUUGCUGGGCGAGCGAACCAGACGGGAAAAUCUCUUCAACGCGGGGCGCACCCCGAGGGCUUCGUGUACGUGACCCGCCUGGGCCACACCAACUACUGCGCCGUGCCGUCUAAGCGGCACCACGACGAGUGGAUGCUCUGGAUGAGGACUGCGCUCGACAUGGCGCUAGGCACGGACGGGGUCGGCCCCGCACCGUCCGCCGGGGGAGUUGCGAUAAGCCGGGAGGCGUUGCAUAGGGGGGUGCUAGAGCCUCCGCGGCCGGCGGAGAGCGAGGUGGGCGUUCAGGGGGUGCUCCGUUCUGGUUUAGAGGUGGUUUGCAUGAAGUCGGGGGUGGCGUUCGGGAUGACACAGUCUCGCCAUUACUGCUCCAGCUGCGGUAGGGUCUUCGUGCUCGAGCACUGCAAUCAGCGGGUCCCCCUGCCUCAACACGGUUUCGAGCAGCCGGAAGGGGUCGGCAGCCAAGCGCCCGGGACGUUGUCCAACUCUCUGCAGGUGGGACUGGACCUCCUCGAACAAGGCGAGCUCAGCGAGGAGGAGUUCAGCGGACUCGUCAAGGCGGAGGAGGGGUUUCAGAAGGAUGAGGCCUACAACCGCGUCCACGCUGGGUGCCUCGCGGCGUCCGCCCGUCUGGGAGACAGCACCUUAGCCGUCGUGGGGCUCCUGCACAGGGGAGCCGCUGCCGCCCCCUGGAAGGAGUUUAGGGCGGUGGUGCUGCACCUCCGCAUGCUCGCGGAGAAGGACUUGGACUCGAUUGACUUUUUCUGGCCUCAGGUGUUGCACGCGUUUUACUUGCUAGUCCCAACGGUUACCGCGGAGGGCGUUUUUAAGGCCGAGCUCUUGGAGGAUUUCAUCUUGGCGACGGCCCUUCGUAGCACGCACUUGGCCCUCAAGCUUGUCUGGUGGUUGAAAGGGUACGUGGAAGACCUCGCCGGGGAGUCGGCCGCUACGCCUGGAAAAGGGGCCACCGGAAAGCAGGUGGUGGAGGCACACCUCAUCCGACUGGCGGUAGAGGUGGAGGACAUCGUCUUGGCGAGGGCUGACGAGGGUAACUCGUCAAUCUCAUCCACGCGAAACUACCGGCGGAGAAGUUGUGGCGGCGGCGGCGACGGUGGAAGCGGUGGUGGUACCGAUGAGGCAGAAUCGGGAGGGGGGGAUGGGGGAGGAGUAGCAGCAACAACGGCUGUAGCAGGGGUGUCGUUGGCGGAGUCAGCCGGGGCAGGGGGGGCAUCGGCCGUGACAAGAGGAGAGGGGGGACCGGAAGGAACAACAGUAGAGGAGAUAGCCGUAGCGCAGCCGGAUGUUGGCUACGAGCAGCAGCCGGCCCGUCCUUUAGACCCCGUCGAGAAGACGGGCAACGGCACCGCGCCAGCGAUCGUCGGGGCGCUGCGGAUCGAGAAAAAGGGGAUGAUGCCGGUGGAGCCGACAAUAGACAGGGCCACGUCUUCGCCGUCAAUGGAGCUAGCAGCGCGAUCGGCUGUCGCGGACGGAGAAGAAGCAAGCCGCCGUGGUGACGGGGGCUCCGUGAAUGGGGACUAUUCGGACGGGCGUAGUAGCAGAGCCGGUGGAGCAGGAGUGGACACGAGGGAAGCGUCCCCUCCCUUCGAAAGACGGCUCCUCACUACCCUGGUGAGGCCAACGGGCGCCCAGUCUUCGCUCGUGGGGGACGAGUUGCUGCUGCUGCGGGCGCUGCGUGCCGCCGCCGCGGAGCAGCUCGGUCUCGACUACGUGGCGAAGACCCGGUACACGAGCUGGGUCGAGUUCGGUAGUGGCGGGGAGGAGGAGGAGGAGGAGGAGAAGGAGAGGGGCGAGAGCGAAGCGAGGUAUUUCGAGGACCAGCUGGUAUUUGUGCAGUCCCUCGUGGACAUCGCCGAGCGCCUCCGUUUCGUCGAACCGGUGACGGCCCGCGGGGAGCACCUCAAGCGGGAGCUGCGGCAGCUUCAGAAGCACGGUGACGUUGACUACGGCGGCAACGCCGCCGCCGAAGUCGUCGAUGGAAGUCUUCGUGAAGAAGAUGGACGCGCCCAGGCCGACCUGGGCUGCAGCAGCAGCGGCGGCGGCGGCUGCGGCCAGGGGGAUGGGAGCGCGUGUGUCUCCCGUGGCAGAACCGGGAGAAGGGAUGGGGAAGUUCACGCACGUGCUACAGCAGUGGAGCAAGGUGGGGAUGCUGCAGGCAGCGGUGGCCCCGCCGCGAAUGCCGCGUCCCCGCAGCGGAAACCGUCUGACUCGAGCAAGGAAGGAGAGGGCACUGUAGCAGCAGUCGUCGACGAGAAGAAGGUAGAUAAUCUAGAGUGUCGUGGCAUCGAUCGGGAUCGCUGUGGCGCUGGCGUUGGCGUUGUUCGUGCCGCAGGCGGCGGCGGCGGCGAUGGUGGUAGGGGACCUCGAGGGUUUUUACCGGUGUGCCGGGCCACGGAACCGAUCUGCCCGAUCGUCAGCAUCCCGCCGGAGGAAGGGCACGUCUUCAAGACCAAGCAGCGCGCGCCAACGCUCAUCACCUGCGAGAUCAUCGUGCCGCAGCAGGCGCGGCGGUGGCGGCGGCGGCGGCAGGACGAUGGCGUUGGCUACGGCUUCGAGGAGGAGGGAACCGGCGGUCCGGAGUCAGCAAACCCGUUGCCUCCGCUGUCGCCGACGGCGUUGCCCGCUACGGCUGCCCGGAGGUCGUCGAAUGCAACGGGGACGGGUGCAGCCACCGCCAGGGAUGACGGUAACGGUAUCGAUCACGGUAACGGUAUCGAUCACGGUAACGGUAACGGUAACGGUAACGGUAAGGGUAACGGCGGCGGUGGCGGCGUGACCCUAGGUAUUGGCGCCGGAGGAGCCUUGGCUUCUCAGCGGGCCCUACACGGUAGUGGUGGUAGUAGCGCCGCCGGCGGCGGCGGCAGCGCUGGGAGUGUUGGUGGGAUUGCUGUUGCGAGGGAAGAAGGCAGCGUCACACGAUCGCGGUUGUCGCCCUUGCGGCGGGCUGUGUCGGGCCCGGGGAGAGCAGGAAGCGUGGCGCCGGGCGGGGAUGGCAACGCGGCGUCCCCGCUUCGGCUUCAGCGGCGGGAGACUUCGAGAGGGUCCGAGAGAGAGGAGGUGGAGGAGAUGAUCGAGUCGCAGAUCGAGGGACAAGGGAGCUUAGGCCGUUCGAUCGACAACAAGGACGCCGAUGGCGGCGGCAGUCACCGCUCGGCGAGCGGCUCCUUUGGCGGCGGCACCGGCUCCGGCGGUCUUGUGCCCCCGACACCCCCCAGAGCGAGGGCGGGGUACCCAUGGUCAACGCCGCAGCCGCAGGCCCGCCGCCUGCUGGUGCGCACCCACAGCGACCCGCCUUUGCCGCGAACCGGCUACGGCAGCGGCGGCGGUGGCAGCGCGGCGGCGUCGGCGUCGUCGGCGGCGGAGCGGUGUGGUGCUCCGGCCAGGCGUCUCUCUCUAGGGGUCAAGGCUAAGUCGGUGCCGUCGCGAGCGGGGAGGGGACCUCAGCGCGACACCGGCAGCGGCGAGGACGGCGAUGCGUCCUUGGGUGACUCGGCGGUGUACCCCCAAGUCAUGUCGGCCGUAGGCUUGGAGCCGGCGUCUUGGGACGGGGGGGUGCGUCCAGUGACAGCGCCGGCGGUAUCGGCUGGGUUUGUUGCGCCGGACAGGGAGGCGUUUGCGUCUGCCGCAACCCCGCAAGCCGGUGGGCGCGACGGGAGCGGUGGCGGUAGCGGACCCUGUACUGCCAUGGGGACUCUGUUGCCGCCAUCGCUGAAGAAUAAAUCCAGCAGCGGCAGCAAGCUCUCGCUCAUCGAGCGGCAGGAUUUGGUCCUGCCCGAGCCUGUGCGUGAGGAAGGUCGCACCGGGGAGGAACAGGCAUCUGACGUCGCUGACUUCAUGCUCAGGUCCCACGGUGGACACGAGCUCCUCCGACAUAGCCCCCUCGGCAAAAAGGCGAGCGUCAUCGGCGACGAGGGCAAGAGAUCGGCGAUAGGGUGGGGCGAGAUGGAGGGCGGCAGCAGCGUUGGUGAUGCCACCACUGUCGCUGCUGCCGAUGGGAACGGUGACGAAGGCGCGAGCAGCAACAGCCGUCCAACCGGCGACGCAGGCGGCGGCGGCGGCGGCGGCGGCGGCGGCGAUGAGGAGGGUACCCCGUCGGGCGGCGGCGGCGGUGGCGGCGGCGCGGUGGAGCGAGAUCCCAAGCAUGCGGACAUCGAGCGGGAAGUCCGUGAGCAGCAGGGCGGGGGGGUGCGCACCGACGGUAGCGGUAGCGUUGAGUCGGGAGGCGGCUUGCAGCGGAAGGAGUCCAUGGCCGUGGCGCGGGCCCGGGAGUUGCUCCUGCAGGGCUUGAUCUCUUCGGAGGAGCUGGAGGCCGUCGUCCAGAAGGAUCAGGCUUUCACGGAGGUUGUUGAACAGCACGCGUUCUUGGACGUGCAGUUCUGCGUGGGGCAGGCGUUCGGGGAGUCGUGGGCGUGCAAGCGCGCGCGCAUCAAGGCCGCGUCGGCGCUGGGGUCGCAGGCCGGGUGGGACUUAGUGAGCAUCAUCGUCAAGAGCAACGACGACAUGCGGCAAGAGGUCUGCGCGCUCCAGCUGAUAGGCCUGUGCCAGAGAAUAUUUGCGGAGGCGCGGUUGGAUCUCUUCCUGGAGCCGUACGUCAUCGUGUCCACGGGGUCAUCGUCAGGCCUCGUGCAGUGCCUCGCCGACGCCAUGAGCAUUGACGCGCUCAAGAAGAAUGCUGGCUUUGUCACCCUCCGCGACCACUUCGAGAGGACGUACGGCGACCCUGCGUCGAGCCGGUUUCUGGAGGCUCAGCGUAACUUCGUCAACAGCCUUGCGGCGUACUCGCUGGCGUCGUACGUGCUCCAGAUCAAGGACCGACAUAACGGCAACAUCCUUCUUGACACGGAGGGACGCCUGAUCCACAUCGACUUCGGUUUCAUCCUCGGCAUGGCGCCGGGCGGGAACUUCGCUCUUGAAAACUGCCCGUUCAAGCUACCCACGGAGUACGUGGACGUUAUGGGCGGGUUAGAGUCGCAGGCGUUCAUGGAUUUUGUGGUGGCGUUCACGUGCGGGUUUUUGACACUCCAGGCCCACGGCGGUCGGCUGGUGAAGCUCCUGGGCAUGAUGACGCAGAAGUCGCCGUUCCCGUGCUUUCAGGGGAAGGACCCGCCCGAUAGCAUUGUCGCCAAGCUCAGCGAGCGCCUGAUGCCACACCUGGACAAGAGCGAGACGGUCGCGUUCUGCCUGGAGCUGAUUCGAGAGAGCUACAACAACUACGGACAGAGGCAGUUCGACUACUACCAGUGGCUCACCAACGGAAUCAUGGCUUGAUUUUUUUUCGUGGGGGAUCGAUCACCUUACUCGGCUGCUUCGUUUUUUGAUGGGGGCGUUGUAAGCAAAUCACCUUUUCCCCAAAUUUAAUGCAGGGACCUUUGCAAAGCAAGUUCCAAGCAAGAAAAUUGGAAAGGUUGCAAGAAUUUGGAUUCUACCAUUCCAAAGCGCUACAGCAGUACUCAAUUCAAACCUUGGCGUUUUUUUUCCAAAUUUGUCGAUGACUUUCAAAAUUUUGCAGGUUCAUUGUAGAAACUUUGGAAUAAUGGCCAUGUUUGAAACGCCCCUACGCCCGUUAAGCGGUGUUUUGCGGCUUGUACGUGUCCUUAUGCUCGUGCCUUGUUCGCCGGCGUUUCGGAGGAGGCAUGGUUGUUAUUUAAAGAGUUUGAUUGUUCGUUUACUUCGUCGGUUAGUGACACGUGGCAUACUUGACUGAUAGGGAGGAUUGGCUAUCUAAAGUUGUUUCGAAAUGGCAUUCUUGACUGCACCGAGUAAAUGUACUAUAUAAUACUCCUGAUUUGUCACUCGGUUUGAGAGAUGUUGGCUGCUAACCUUGACAAUUGUUGCCGGGUUGCGGCGUUGUUUGUUAAUUUUAUCCCUGGCUGGGUUUGUCGGCCUUUUUGUGACUUCGAUGUUUUCGUCCUUGUUCGGUUUGUGUUGCGAGAGAAUUCGCUGCACAAAAUGUCUCUUCGUGUUGUACCUGUCGUGGAACUCGAUACGCCCACGUUGCUAGGUGGUAGGUGGGGGCGGGCAUCAUGAUUCUCUCUCCCAUGCGUUGAUUUCACCGGUUCGAUUGAGAGAACGCCCGACCCCUCCAGCUUUCACCUUUUUUUUCCUUCAAACCAACAACAAUCCACCCGUUUCUCCGUGUUGCUAAACGAGCGAAAGAGGAGCCGCCCGGAAGUUUGUUGCCGGGAUUCCGUGGAUAC